UGAAGAAGGACGAAAACAUAGGAAGGUUUUGAGCCGUGCCUACGAUGCAUGUUCUCCAAAAGUUUGAUGUUUUUUCUUUCAUCGAAGAGAUUGCGCGCGCGCUCUUUUUUGUGGAGCGCGCUGUUUAAAACCUUUUGCCAAAACUGGUUGUAUGUUUGAGAAACUUGCACGCAAAACUUGUUGUUCUUCUUCAGCAAAACUGCAAGUUGUUUCUGCCUGUCUGGAUGCGGAGAGUGUUCCAUUGCGCCAGUCUUGAAUACAUCAAUAGUAACAAGAAGCUACUAGGUUGGAGGUCAUCGCUCUUAGCUUGGAGGCCAUCGCUACUAGUAACAGGAAGCUACUAGCGCUACCAGUAACCUCUUUCAAGGCUUUCAAACCUUUUUUCGGCUCAAAGUUCUGGUUGCAACCUCACAACCUGGCUGGACGAUAGUUUUCAAUGAGAUUUCUUUUCUUCCUUUCCGCGUGGCACCUAUGGGGUGCAACUGGCGAAGGUCUUUGUCAGGAGACGGAAUCCGCGAUGGAGUAUGAUGAAGAUAUUUUGGUCGAUAGCAUGAACACAGAACUCUUGCAGGUGAAGUUGGAACUGUCGAAAAAUCAGUUGGACACAGUAGAAACAACCACUACGGACGCAGAUGGGUCUCCAACAGAUGACGGUACAAACACAGAGUAUAUGGAUGAGGAAUGGAAGACGAACAGAUUGCGCAUGGCCAUCUCUAGUAGGUUGGAGGCAUUGCUAUUGAAGACUUGUGAAGACCAUUGCAAGUUCGUUGGUUCGGCCAUGUGGCAAUACGAUCCCGACUGUGGUGGCUGCAAGACUUCUUUGAUGCAAAAUUACGCAGCCCAGACACCGGGAGUUUGCGCAAGCUGGUGCCAGUAUGAGGGGCCUGCAACAUGGCAGUAUGAUCCAAAUUGUGGUGGCUGCACACAGACAGCGAUCGCAAACAGAAGUGCAGGCCCAGUGUGCCUCGCCUACUGCCAAAAUGUGGGAACAGCUGUUUGGCAGUAUAACCCCGACUGCCAGGCAUGCAAGCAAGUUCAAUUAACACAAGGUGGCAAAGGGGAGUGCAAAGACUACUGCCAGUAUGAGCCUUCAAAUGUCUGGCAAUAUGAUGCAAAUUGCGAUGGGUGUGUUGCCCCGUCGACGGCUUUGGCGCAAGCUAACUUGCAUGAUACGAAGAGGGCCGUGAGCAGCAGUCAGGUCUGCCAGGACUACUGCACCUACAUGGGCUCCGUGCUGUGGCAGUAUGAUCCAGAAUGUCAAGGGUGCAAACCGUCCCUUUUGACCAAGAAAGAAUGCAAAAACUAUUGCAAGCACGAGCCCUCGGAGGUGUGGAGCUACGAUGCCAGCUGCCAGGGCUGCACGCCUACGUUGAUGGAGAGCGAGGAGGGCGAGUGCCAGGAACACUGCCGACAGAUUGGGCCAGUCCUAUGGCACAAGGUCUCUGGAUGUGAUUCUUGCAAGAGCUCGCUGCUUCAGACCUGGGCCAAGGCAGAAGCUGGUCCAUGCCAGGAUUAUUGCCAGUAUGAAGGUCCUACUGCGUGGCAGUACGACCCCAACUGCCAAGGUUGUGGCCAAUCUUUGUUGAAGGUCAAUGCGACCACCAAGUGCAGCAGCUGGACUGGAGGGACAUGCAUCUUCUCGAAUUGCGAUGCCUCCCGAGGGCCAACGCAAUGCAAUUGGGCAAAAGCGUGCACCUGUCCGCAGAAUUUCUGUGCCAAUGAUCAAGGCAUUUGCAUCUUUGAUUUGGCAUCUGUUUGGCGUUGAGGCGGAGGCAGCUGAGGUGACCGAGAUGAUAGCGAUGUGAGAAAGUAGAAUGUGACAGUGAUGGCCUCCAACCUAAUAGCAAUGGCCUCCAACCUAGAAGCGAUGGCGUCCA